AGCAUGGCCUUCAACGGCAAGUACGAGAUCGAGAGUGAGAAGAAUUAUGAUGAGUUCAUGCAGCGCCUUGGGCUCCCCAGCGAUGUUAUUGAAAAGGGCCGAAACUUCAAGAUUGUCACAGAGGUGCAGCAGGACGGGGAGAAUUUCGUCUGGUCCCAGCACUACCCGAGCGGCCACUCCAUAACCAACAAGUUCACCAUCGGCAAGGAAUGUGACAUGGAGACGGUUGGGGGCAAGAAGUUCAAGGCCACCGUGCAGAUGGAGGGGGCGAAGAUAGUGGCGAACUUCCCCAACUAUCACCACACCUCGGAGAUCGUGGGUGACAAGCUGGUGGAGAUCUCCACCGUCGGAGGUGUGACCUAUGAGCGUGUGAGCAAGAGGCUGGCCUGA